AUGGGCUCCAUGCAGGAUGACAACCUCGAAUCGUCCCCGCUCUGCCGCAUCGUCACGCCCGUGGGCAUGCUGGGCUAUGGCUUCGAGGACGAGGAAUUGAACUUGGGUUUGGAACUGGCUCUGCACAGCGGCGACAAUGCACCCGUCGCCAUCAUACUCGAUUCCGGGUCAACGGACUCGGGGCCAGCUAAGCUGGCUCUAGGGUCCAUGACGUGCCCUCGAUCAUCCUAUGCCCGCGACCUGACUAAGCUGCUAGAAGCAGUGCUGAAGUACCGCGUCCCGCUGCUGAUCAGCUCUGCCGGCGGUGACGGAACGGACGCACAUGUCAAGGAGUUCCUAGAUAUUAUCGGCGAGAUCGCCGAGUCACUAGGUCCUGCCGCACCCUGCCUCAAAGUCCUGGCCAUCUACAGUGACAUCCCCCAAGAGACCGUACUAUCUCGCCAUGAAGCAGGCCACAUCUCCGGCUGUGGCCCAUGCGUUCCCACCCUCACCCGCGAAGCCGUCCUCGCAACUCCGACCGUGGUCGCCCAAGCUGGUCCGGAACCGCUUCUGUCCGCCAUGGCAGCCCACCCAGAUUUCGAUAUCCUCAUCGCCGGCCGCGCCUACGACCCGGCCCCAUACGUCGCUUUCGCCGCGCACCACGCCCUCCGACAACAACAGCAACAGCAACAGCUCAGCGCCACCGCCCCGCUCACAACUUCCCUGUCGGCUGACCUGCUGGGCGGGAUAAUCCACAUGGGCAAAGUAAUGGAGUGCGGUGGCCUUUGUGCCGUACCCAAAUCCAAGGCCGCCCUAGCCACCGUCUACGCGUCAGGCGCGUUCGACGUGCGGCCCCUAGCGCCCAAGUCGCGCUGCACGCCUUCGAGCGUCGCCGCGCACACCCUGUACGAGAAAUCUAGGCCCGAUGUCCUCGCCGGCCCAGGCGGCGCCAUUGACGUCACGACGGCGGAGUACACCGCUCUACCCGACGGCACGUCUGUCCGCGUGCACGACACGCGCUUCGUCCCCUCCGAGCCGGCGUACACCGUGAAGCUGGAGGGCGCGCGGGUCAGGGGCUACCGCACCGUAUUUAUGGGCUCGUUCGGCGACCCCAUCCUCAUCAAACAGUUACCCAAGCUCCUGAGCGACAUCAAGGCUUACGUCGCGCUGCAGCACCGGCAUGUGACAAAUGAGAAGUGGGAGAUCGGAUUUCACACCUACGGCGGCGAGGCCAGCGGGGAGGUCUUCCUCGUGGGCGAGGCACUGGCUGACAGCCAGGUUCUGGCGACGAGCGUGGCGAGCACGGCGCGGGUGGGGUGCACGCAUGGUCCGUACGAGGGGCAGAAGGCGAAUGCCGGGAACUUUGGUAUGGGAAUCGGCGGGAAACUCGAGAUUGAGAUGGGCCCAUGUGCCGAGUUCUCGGUGUAUCAUCUCAUGGAUCUCGAGUCAGGGGAGGAGUAUGCGGUCGAUAUUGGCGAUGCAGUAGGCAGGGGCUUGUUCAAAUGGGAGAAGAAGUCGUUUGGAGUAGGUGCCCCGACACAGGCUGAUCAUCCUACCCGCACGAUCGGUGCCAAGAGUGUCGGGCUGACUGGGGCAGAGAUCAAGACUAUCGUGACAGAUGUUCGUUCCGUCAUAGGCAAAGCUGCCGAAACAACUUCUACCACGACGAGCAGACUCCGUGGCAAGCGCCCUCUGGGUGACGCGGCACGCAUUAUUCGGUCCAAGAAUUCUGGCCCCUUCGAGAUCACGCUCGAUGCCCUCUUCGACAGCAAAACAGUAUACGAGCAGGUGAAGAGCUCAGGGGCCUUGAAAUCAGAGGUAAUUGCACAACUAUACGAGCUCAAGGUUGAGGAUAUCGUGUGGAGCGGCUUCUUUGAUCAGGCACUGGCGUACAAGGUGACUAUCCCUCGCCGCAGAGACGGCAAGCCUUCGUCUUCUGGCAGCUUCAUGGAGAAUGAUGUUCAAGGGUCGCAGCAAUACAAGCCUCUCAUGAACAUAGAGAUUGACUUUGGCACAUGA